CACCUGAGCUCGUCCCAAACACUGAAGACACAGAAGGACAGAGAUAGAGACAGUGAACAUCCCCUCCGACACACCAAGGACACACAAACACUCACUGAAAGGUCAGUCACUUUGUGUUAGUUUGUCUUGAGUUUACUUUUGCUCUGAUUUAAUGGUUUUCUCAAACUUUACUGUGAUUUUUGCGCCGUGACCUCCAUGUUUUCUUCUUAUUCUUCUCUCUUUCAGAUGCAGAGGUGUUUCGGGAUUUUCUGCGUGUCUCUCAUUUUCUGCGCAGCUCUCUCUGAGUCCAUCGGGCUGGUCAUCGCGGUAAGACCCUUCGUUUAUUAACUCAGUGAUUCCCUGAUGGGGUUAAACCCACUCACAAAUACAAGAGUUCACGCAGUUUUCCAACAGUGAAGUACUACCAUACAACAGGGACCCACAACAGGAGCUGAAAUAUGUGAAUUAAUAUAAAAAGUACAAAGAUUACACAAUUCAACUGUAAAGCAGAAACAAAGAAACAAUUAUCUGAGGAGAAUACACAAUGAAUGAUGUGAGUUUAGGUUUGCAGAUAUGAUAGUAAUAAUCUACAAGUGCUGGAUUUUAUAGGGGAGACCAGGGACGACAAGUUUUCCUCAUAACUCAGAGAUUACCUAAAAUACACCUGUCAUCUUUUCAUCUAAGAAACAUGUCAAUGUGCACUAAUAAUCAAAGCUGUAGCUGUUUAAACUGACAUUCAAUAAAGUGUUUUAUUUCAUGUAAUGCUCAGUGCUGCAGUGUUGAAAAUGCUGUCAAAAGGUAUCUGUAAUCAUGAGGAAAUAUGUCAGCCCAUCUGUCAUGAUAAAAGCACAGCUUCAGGUAAAUACAUGAAGUAUCUGGGAUCAUACGAUGUGACUGAAGUUUACCUUUGAAAAGGGUUGUAAUUAUUUUCUGUUUUAAAUAUUCAUGCAUGGGUAUGUUUUUUUUAUUUAAAAUAAGUAACUAUUGUGUCAGUAACUGUAUUUAAAUGAAUGUAACUGAGUCAAAAAUAUAUUUUAAUCAAACGAAAUGAUCCGCAAAUGAGUUAAGAACGGUCUCAGAAUACAUUUAAAAAGUACAAGAUUGAUGCACUGAGGAAGGAAUUUAGCUAUGAGGUUACAUUCGGAGGCUAUAUUCAGAAUAAUUAUAAAAGAGUUCAAAGCAGCACCAUCAGUUUUAAGUCACAUUAUAACGAUUUAGUGAGAAUUUCUCUAAAAUCAAUUAAGAGCACAGGUUAAUUAUCUUUAUUUUAUUUUUUCUAACAGUAAGUUUAAACUCACAGUCAUUUGAACUUCAGACAGCAGAAGAAAAACUCCUCACAAAUUUUAAAAGAUGAAACUUUUACACAUCCAUUCUUCUGUGUUAAACUUUUAAACUGCGGUAAAGUGAUGCAGCAAAGAGAGAGGUCCCAACUGAGCAUGAGCAGAGUCUGUGUCAGAUCUACAACCUGUUUGUUGUUUAAGGUAAUGUGUCCCUCACAGCUGGCCCCGGUCUCCCCUAUCAUCUGGGGUGAUUACAUUGCAGUGGUUAAAAUCACAGGUCUAAGAUGCUGUCUGAAAAGUUUGUAAAUGAUAAAUUUGUUUUUAACAGUUGGAAAUAUGUGAGAAAAUCAAACCAGAGAGUCAUCAAAUGUUGGUUAGAGCUGACUGAAAUUAUAAAAAGGUCUCAAUAAAAAGGUCUCCUGUUCAAGAAGAACCUGAACAGGAGUUUUCAACCUUAACGCGCAAAUACCUCCAGUUCUUCAGUCUUUAUUUUCCAAAAUGUAAAUUUUCUAUGCUUUGCCAAAAGAGCAGUUCUAGAAACGAUCAAAAAUACUUUUCUUUCUUACUUUGAAAAAGCUUUGCUGCUUGUUAAUUUUACGGAACCACAGAUGGACAGGGUAAAAUAGAGCAAGCUCUGAAAAGCUGCAGAUCAUCGUCAACACUCAAUUCUUCCUGAUACUGUGUCCAGAUAUCUCUAUUUACUGAUAAACAUGAACAAAACAUGAGCGGAUACUGUUAACCAGUGACAGGAUCUACCUCCCAUCGUACUCUGUGUUGGGACUUAUCAACUUUAACUAUGCAGAAAGAUCCAAAUUAAGGAGGAGAGGUAACUGAAUUUUACCUCCAUGGACUAUGAUCAUCUCUGAGAAGGCUGCAGAAAAACUCCUGCCCCCUUAGGCUUGCAAAGUUUGGUUUAAAAUGAUGCAGUUUUAUCACUUUUGUCGAUUUGGAACCAUUUACCACUAUUUACUCCAUCAAAAAUAAUGGAUGCAUCCAGGAAACACAUGAUUACUGCCAGGUUUUCCCACCUGCUAUUUCUAUCCUUUGUUCUUCUGCACUAAGUGAAUCUCUUCUCUGUGAUAUAUUGCUUUAUUCAGGUUUUUAUUCACAGCCUGUCAUGUAUUUUUACUCAGUUUUACAAUACUUAAUGUGCACAUGAUUGAAUUUUCCUGACGUGUGUGUUGCCUGAUCCUGCAGGCGAAGGAGAAGCGAGGCUGGACUCUGAACAGCGCUGGAUACUUGUUAGGUCCUCGUAAGUACUCGCUCUACAUGCACACACACGACACACACAGACACAAAAUGGAUGCACACACAAACAUUUUAUAUGCUAAAGUUUGGGUAAGUUAGGGAAUAUUUGAGCCACAUCUACUUUUGCAAAACAACAACAAAAAAAUCAGCUCAUUUCAAUCAGCUGUCUGUGCAGUUGUUACAUUGAUUUGAUUCAUGUGUCGAGUCAUAUUGAUGUGAUGCAGGUUGAAUCAUGAGAUAAAAUAACAGCCCCAAACCUCUGCAAAUAAAACUGACCAAGAGCCUCAUCUGUUACGUUAAACACGUCCUGCAUGUUUCUGCUGCUGAUGGUAUUUAUCUUUGCAGUCUGAAUAUUUUCUUUCUUUGUUUCUGUCUGUCUGCAUCAUCCUGCAUGUGUGCUCAGAGGGCUGCUAGUUUCGGUAACUGUAGGAUUAAAAAUAAAAUAUUUCAUGCAGAAAAAACAACAACAGAAUAUAUGUUUGGCAUCAUAUGAGGGCAGUUUAGAUCUAAUUGUCUCAGUAUCACUGCGUUCAUCAUCCUCUCAUGCACUCACCCAUGGUGAAAUUGUUGGUUUAACAUUAUUUUAAAAAAACCCUGACACUGUGAAAAAAUUUAUUUUUAUAAUAAACCUUCUGAAUUGACACAAAUAUAAAAAACUGGACCUGAAGUAAGGUAUGAACUGACAGAUUUAUCCUCAAAAUCUGGACUAAACUAAAUGUUUAAACCCGUCGGCUGCAGAUAAUUAUGGACAGAACUGCAUCUCUCAUCUCCCUGUGUUAUACAGAAAUUAAGCUAUAAUACCACCUGCAGCUUUAGUUCAUAAAACUAAAUAAACUCAACGACAUAAAUCAGCAUGGGAAGACCAAACUAUACAUAACAGAACUUUUUUCUUUUUAAGAGACAUUCAUUUGAUUUUAGAGUUUGACCCACGUUUCAUCGGUUAAUAUGAAGGAUUUAUGAGCUAUACCUCAGCCAAUCAGCAGGGGGAGCUCAUCUGCUGUCCAGUCUAUAUUUUAAAAUGUAAAUGUUUCCAUUUCUUAUACUUCCUUUAUCAAUACUUGGACUUCACAGACACUGGCACUAAAGCUAAAUAAAGAUAAUAAUAACAGCGGAUUUGUUUUACCAAAAGUUGCCAUAAAAAGGAUUAAAUCCAAACACACUGUAACCUUAAACAUGAGUUACUUCAAAUCUACUGGCUUUAUGAUCCAUGUCAGCUCAGUCAGAGCAGGUUUGGAUCCGUCUUCUUUCCAGAGUAAAUAAUAUCCACCUGUAGUUUCACAGACUUACAGCUCUCCAGUCCAGCCUCUGAUACCUCAGUGUCUCAUGGUCUGUGCUGUUUGUCCGUCCACCCUUCACUGUGUUGGCUCAUGUUGUUUUUAAUUACUGCCUCAUCACCUUCAGAGCACACCUAUCCAGAUGUGUGUGUAGGUCCAUACAAAACUGUGGGGUCCAAAUCAGCCAGGAUCAGGAACCCCUGGAAAUGUUGUCCCUUUGUGUGUGUGUGUGUGUGUGUGUGUGUGUGUGUGUGUGUGUGUGUGUGUGUGUGUGUGUGUGUGUGUGUGUGUGUGUGUGUGUGUGAAUAGCCCAGGUAAAGGUUGCUCCUGCCUCAUCCUGUGUUUCAGGUCGUAUUGAUCACCUAAUUCAGAUAAAGGAUUCUCCCAGUGCCAGAGGCAGAGACGAGCUGGUCGCUCCAUGUAAGAUAGAAACUAACGGCCGCUGCAGGCUCUUGGUGUCAGGCUGUGAAUUGCUCAAACAUCAACCCACCUGUUUUACUGCUUCUCUCUGUCACCUCUGUGCUGUCUGCGCUUUUACAUCCAAACAUCUCAUUUUCUGUCCGGCUGUAGACCAAGAAAACAGGUCGAUCUCUGGGAGGGUCAGGAAAAGCCUGGACCUGCAUAGGUACCAGAAUCACCAGAACCUGCUCAUACCACUGUUAAAGAAAAAAUACAAUAAGACGAGAUAAGAAAAGUGAUAAUUUUAUGAUCCCAGAGAGAAAAUUCAGUUUUCUAUUAUACUAAUACACAGUCAAAUAUAAUAUACGGUACACGUGGUAUCAAUAGUAAAAUAAACCAAAGGUUUCUGUAAUAUAAAGUAACUUUAUAUUAAAAAAAAAUAAAAGUUUGUGAUGUUUAUUUAUUAAGAAUAAUAAAUAAACAGAUAAAUAGAUGAAUAAAUACAGUAUAUUACUGUAAAGUACAAGCUAUGAUAUGUAGUUUUACAGUCCUGUCAGUAUAGUGCAGUAUGAAUAUAUGUUUUGGUAUAAGAAGAAUGAAUACAGUGAAAGGAUGCAUAUAAUAAAUAAUUAACAGCAGCCAUAUUGAUGCAAUAUAACAGAGUAAAAAUAAAAUAAAUGUAAUAGGAUAUAACAUACUGUAGUACAACAUAAUCAAGAUUUGUAUUGACUUCACUUUGAGAAAAAAAAAGCCCCUAAAAGUUUGAUUUUCUCAUUAAUUCAGAAAAACUGUUUUUUUUUUUUUUUGUUUGUUUUGUGUUAUUUUUUUAUUGAGUGGUUUAAGUACACUCACAUACAAUCACAUUGCUGGACAAAAUCCAUCACAUCCAUCAGAGCAGUAACAGGCUCAUCAUUAACUCAAAUAAUGACAAGUUUAUUCUUGUUCUAUUUAAUUUGUGUGAUGUACUGACUUUAUUCUUGUAACACAUUGACUGUCUUCUGACAUUGACUGUGUCUUCACAAAACCAUCACUCUUUUUGUCAGUGUGGCCCCCCCGUGUAAGCAGGUACACCAUCAAAGUGGAGAUCUGUUUCCAGGUAUAAAGACUCCACAGAGUCCAUUAAGUGAACGAUGAUACUGAAAGUGUUUUAACUUAUAACCAAGUCAAUUAGUUUGCCACUGUUCACAUGUUUCUCCUCAGUUUGUUUAAGAAAUAACAGCAAUAUAACUCUGGAUCUUUUUAAAUGGCCUUACAGAAAACAGCAUUUCAAAACUUAUGUACAAAAAAACAUAAAAAUACAAAAAUAAGAUAAGAAGAGCUUGUAUUGGAAAGUUCUCAAAAAUGGUGAAAUGAGACUCCAAAUAACGUUAACCAAAGUUUACUGACCUUUUCAGUUUUUAAAAGAUACAAACGUGGUGAAAAAUAGCAAUACAAAAUAAGGGUGGCUUGGUCUCACAGCGUGUCAGCUAAUCACAUGUCGCUAGCGGCUUCUCCGAAUAUAUUUUUCUUUCUAUCAACUUCACACAGACUGACUAGAACUUCCUGGUGACUCCUUCAAAAUAAAAGCAGCGUAUAGUCUUUCCAAAAUAAACUCAAAUAGUGCAUAUCAAUACAAAAACAUGCAGUAAACAAUUAUGUCUCUCCAUAUGUUUUUAACUCUAAACGGUGCAAUCUUCUUUUAACUAUUUAAUACUUAUGUAAAGUACUACCUUUUAAUAAACAUAAAUCACAACAUGCAACAAAUCACAACAUUCUCCCGCCCCAUGAACAAUGUUCAUGAAUACUAAUCUAUGCCUAAAUCAAGUUAUUUCCAAAGGAUAGAUCAGUUGCACAGGUCUUCUCAGUAGUGUCCCUGUAGGGGUACGAACUGUGCAUGAGCGUGGCAGUCCAUCUCGCCCUGGAAACAGCUCUUCAAUCCUGCCUGUCUUCCAGAUUUGUCGAGGCAUUUUGUCCUCUCCAAUCAGCACGACGUCUCCCACUUUGAGCUCAGUGGGUCUGGAUGUGUCACACUUAUGUGCUGAUUUCAGAUCCAGUAGAUAGUCCUUGCGCCAGCGGGUCCAGAAGGUGUUUAGGAGUCUCUGGCGGUACUUCCAUCUGCGUCCCAUGUUCUCUCUGCUUAGAUUGGCUGACUGAAUUUCUGGAAUCAUAGUUUUUGGUGGCAGGGAAGUCAGUCUUUUGCCGACCAGAAAAUGAGCGGGUGUCAGGGGUGUGGGCUCAUCUGCAUCGUUGUGCACAUAUGAGAGUGGCCUAGAAUUCAGCACAGCCUCUGCCUCUGUGAGAGUGGUGGUUAACUCCUCGAAGUUCAGUGAGGCCCUCCCUAGGACUGUUUUUAGGCAUGUCUUCACUGACCUCACGAGUCUUUCCCAGAAGCCGCCCCACCAAGCUGCUCUCUCAGCAAUAAACCUCCACGAGAUGCCCUUUUCGGUGAAGAAUGCAGUGAGCUCCGGUUCCUUGAAUGAUUUCCAUAGCUCCUUCAGAUCUUGGUCUGCUCUCUUAAAGGUCUUGGCAUUGUCAGAAUAAAUGACCUUACAUAGCCCACGUCUCGCAAUGCAUCUCUUCAAGGCUAAGAGAAAGUUCUCUGUGGACAUGUCUGAUACAAGCUCUAAAUGCACUGCUCUAGUGACAGCGCAUGUGAACAGUGCAAUGUAUGCCUUCUUUGUCUGGCUGUUUGACUUGACGUACAGCGGGCCAGCGAAAUCAAUGCCCAUGACUUCAAAGGGUGGGGACUCUGUAAUCCUGUCUCUUGGUAAAGGAGCAGUAACCUGCUGAGCUGGUUUCACCUUUAGUCUCUUACAGAUGUGACAGCGUGCCACAAUCUGCUUAACCAGCUGUCUGCUUCUCAAUAUCCAGUAGCUCUCCCUUAUCUGCACUAGAGUAUCCCUGAUCCCAGAAUGCAUCACCUUUUCAUGGUAGUUUUGAACUAAGAGCUCAGUGUAUCUGUGUUUUGGGGGGAGCACCCAUGGGUGCUGUUCUCUGAAACUGAACUCCGACUGUUGCAGCCUUCCUCCCACACUGAUAAGGCUGUUCUCAUCAAGGAAUGGUUUCAAGUCCUUGAUUUUUGAAUCCUUGUCAAGUUCUUGUCCUGAUUUCAGUAGAUUUAAUUCUUGGCUGAAACCUUGCUCUUGUGUCACCUUUAUCCAGUACAUUUCAGCUGCAGUGAGCUCCUCUGCAGUGAGCUCUCCAUGGGUCCUUUGGCUUGAGCGGGCAUUGUUCACAAACCUCUUCACCCACGCAGUUAAUCUGAACACUGUUCUCAGUCUACUGUACUUAUCAAGGUCUAACAAUGGUUCAGCUGGAUCAGUGCUAGUAAAUUGUACUGCUACCAUGAACUUAGUCCUAAGCUCAGCAUUUGCCUCCUCAGCAGUACAGUCCUCCUCAGUCUCAAUUGUGUCUGUUGGUUCAGCUGUCAGUGACGUAGCAGGCCCGUUCCACCACAGCUGACUCUGGAUGAGAUUGUCCACACUCUGGCCUCUGGUGGGUAGAUCAGCAGGGUUCCUUUUGCCACUGAUGUGUGACCAUGAUUCUGGGUUCGUCAAAUUUUGAAUUUCAGUCACUCUGUUUUCCACAAAGGGCUUCCAUUUGUGUGCUGUGCUGCGUAUCCAGUGCAAGGCGAUCAUCGAGUCUGUCCACAUCCUGAGCUGAUUCUUUUCCAUCUUCAGGGACUUAAGCAGAUUGUUUCCCAAUCUGGCUCCGAUCAAGGCUCCCAUCAGCUCUAAGCGUGGUAAAGUUAGUUUCUUUAGAGGGGCAACUCUCGACUUUGAUGCUACAAGGCUUGUCACAAUUUCCCCAUCCUGGUUCUUUCCUUGCAUGUAUGCAACAGCACUGAAUGCCUUUUCACUAGCAUCACAGUAGACAUGUAGUUCCAGUGACUGCAUGUUUGGUUGGAUUUCAAUGUGAUACCACCUGGGAAUCACCACAAGGUGGAGCUGUGGCAGUUCUGAACACCACCGGUUCCAUUCCUUUGCCAAGUCUGGGGGUAACUGGUCAUCCCAACCAAUUCCCCUCUCCCACAGUCGCUGGAAGAGGUGCUUCACCCUAAUGGUGAACGGAGUGAGGAAGCCAAUAGGGUCAAAAAUACGAGCUGACGUUUGCAGCACGCUUCUCUUUGUGUUUUGCUUGUCCUUCAAAAUGUCUAAAAGUCCAUUUAAGUCAAACACAAAGUGAUCUUCCUCUGGUUUCCACACUAGACCUAGCACUUUCAGUACAUUCCCACAAGUGACAGGUUCUGUAGCUUGUUCGAAUCCAUUCGCUGUCCAUUUUGACUUGAGAUCUGGUGAGUUUGUGGCCCAUUUACACAAGUUCAUUCCAGCAGCAGACAGAAUGUUCUUAGCUCCUGUUGUGACUGAAUAGGCCUCCUCCACGUCACAUGAGCUUGAAAUCAGAUCAUCUACAUAUAAAGACUCUCUAAGUGCCUUUACUGCCUUUGGUUGGGCUGCAUCAUACUGUUGGAUGUGCUUCCUAAUGGUUGCAGCUAGGAGGAAGGGGCUUGGUGAAACUCCAAAUACCACUCUACUCAUUCUCAUGAUGCGCAGCUCAUUGUCACAGUCCUUAGUGGGGGGUCCAUGCAGCCACAAGAACCUGACUGAAUCCUUGUCUUUGUCUGCUAGAGCUAUCUGCAAGAAAGCCUUGGUGAUGUCUGCAGUGAAAGCUAUCUUGUGCAGUCGGAAUUUGAUAAGCACAUCUAACAGAUCAGGGUUUAGGUUUGGCCCAGUUAACAGACAGUCAUUUAGUGAGGGGCUUCCAGCCUCAUGUGAUGAGGCAUCAAACACGACUCUCAGCUUGGUCGUCGCUUUCUCCUCCCGGAGUACAGCAUGAUGAGGUAGGUAAUAUUUCACAGUUUCUGUUGACUCUGCUGCUGAGUCAUUCUCUGAGACAUCCUCACAAAUUCCCUGCUGUAGGUAAUCCUCCAUCACAUUGUUGUACCUUGUGUACAGAGUGGCAUCAGCAACCAGUUUCCUCUUCAGGCUCUCAAAUCUUUUCCUUGCAACUCUGAAGUUGUCUGGUAGAGGUGGGCUGUCCAGUCGCCAUGGUAAUUCAACUUGGUAGCGACCAUCAUUGAAUGUCACUGUCUGCUCAAAGCUCUGAAGAGCCUCCGUAUCAUCUGGGUUUUCAGCUUUGUCAUUUACAAUGCCCAGUGUUUCUAUUUCCCAAAAGGCAUGCAACUGUUUUGAGAUCUGAGUGUCCUCAUCUAGACUGAUGUGCAUGCAGGUUGUGUCUGUUACACUAGACAUUGGGACUGGCCCUUGUACAGUCCAUCCAAAGGUGCUUUCUAAGCCCACAAGUGACUCUGUUAGCCUUUCCACCUUGCCAGUCAUCACUUUCCAGUAAAAGUCAGCUCCAAUUAAGACCAACAGCUCGGGGUCCUCAGCACCAUCUAACUGGAAAUCUGCCAGCUGCAGACCUCUCCUCUUGAAUUCUCCUCUGAUGUGCUCUCCAGGCACUUUCAUAACAGCAGUGCACACUUGAGGGGUCUCAACUGCUGCAAUUUCAAUUCUUUGCUGUGUAUUCCACACAUUCUCCAGCACUACCUUGACAAUGUUGCGCUUUGUUGCCAUGGGACCAGCAGAUCCAAAGGUGUGGAGGUUCAAUGUCUCUUGCUUUAAUACUGGCAGUUUCAGUGUCUUCACCAGGUUCUCAUGUAUAAAGCUUCUUUGACUGCCUCCAUCUAAUAGGCAACGCACUAUUUUUCUACCUGCUGGGCCCUCUGUCCUGGCCUUAACUGUCUGAAGCAGCACUGUGUUGGGUUCAUUAGAUUUUGGUUUCAUUGUGCUAGACACGGAAGAAACCACAGCAUCUGUACUGUUGCUGUUAGCAGCGCCUGGCUGCACUUCUUGAUCACAGACUGACUGGUGGUGUCUGCGACCACACAAGGCACAUGAGACACCUUUGACUUUACAGUAUUUGGCUAUAUGUUUGGGGCCUAGGCACACAUAGCAUCUUCCCAUUUUUUUCAGUUUUUCCUUUCGAGCAGUCACUGUGGUGUCUGAGCAGUUUUCUGGCUUAUGACUGGGACUGUCACAAUACACACAGGUCUGAGGGGCAUUACUGGCUGUGUGCAAUGCAGCUGCUGAGGGCACAGUUUUGAAUUUAUUCUCAUUGGAUGGCACUUGUUUUGUGAACAGUCUGUGACUUUGGGAAUGGUCCUUUUGGGAGCUGCCUGACCUGGUCAGUUGUAGUGCUCUCUCUCUACUUUGCACUUCAUUUUGCAGGAAUUUAAUUAGCUCAGGCACCUUCCAUUCACCAUCAGUGUCCAACGUGCGUGUGUAGCCUAAUGCCAAGUCAUCUGGUAUCAACUGCAAUAAUACAGGGCAUAGCAGGGCGCCAUAUGUGUCACUGUGAACACCUAGGGACUCUAGGCUGCGAAUCUGUAUUUCACAUUCAUCAUAGAGAAAUCUCAGUGCUACUAUAUCUGAGGAUCUUUUCACAGGUGUCAGGGUUAGCAGUUUUGACAUGUGUGCACUGACCACAAUGUCCUUUCUUCCAAAUCUGUUCUUGAGCAAGUCAAUUGCAUUGUCGUAAUUACUGUCGGUCAAUGUGAGCCCUGCUACCGCUUUUGCUGCUGCUCCACUUAGGUAGGAUUUCAGAUAAGUGAACUUUUCCUUCUUACACAGCGCAUCAUUGGAGUGGAUAGCAGUGUCAUAUUGACUCCAGAAUUCUUGCCACUGGCUUAUUUCUCCAUUAAACCUUUCAAUCACUAACCUGGGCAGUUUAACAGUUUGUCUCGCCAAGGAGUUAUCAGAGCCUGCACUUCCUGCACUAGUGCGCCUACUCACGUACUCCUCCCCGCCACCAGGGCUUCUCUGGAUCAGUAUGCUUGCUCGUGUUUUCCAUGAAAUAAUGCGAUCCUGAUAUUCCUGUGAGGACUCUAAUUCAGAGUCUAAUUCCUCCGUCACAGUUUUCUCUUCAAUGCCUCUGUCCAGUUCCGUUAAUUGUCCCUCCUUGAUCGUUAAUAAUGACAGCAUUUCACGCAGCGAGUCAUAGUCCCUUUCGUUUUCCCCUUUGUUUGUUUCCUCUUCCAUACGAGCCAGUAACUUUGAUACUGAAGAACGGACUGCUCUUCUCUUCUUCUUCAUACGUUCCAUGGCGUCGGACAUUUCGUUCGUUACUUCCAAUUCAAAACAUCAAAAAAAGUCUCUGAGAUCCCGGGUUUCGGCACCAAAAUGUAUUGGAAAGUUCUCAAAAAUGGUGAAAUGAGACUCCAAAUAACGUUAACCAAAGUUUACUGACCUUUUCAGUUUUUAAAAGAUACAAACGUGGUGAAAAAUAGCAAUACAAAAUAAGGGUGGCUUGGUCUCACAGCGUGUCAGCUAAUCACAUGUCGCUAGCGGCUUCUCCGAAUAUAUUUUUCUUUCUAUCAACUUCACACAGACUGACUAGAACUUCCUGGUGACUCCUUCAAAAUAAAAGCAGCGUAUAGUCUUUCCAAAAUAAACUCAAAUAGUGCAUAUCAAUACAAAAACAUGCAGUAAACAAUUAUGUCUCUCCAUAUGUUUUUAACUCUAAACGGUGCAAUCUUCUUUUAACUAUUUAAUACUUAUGUAAAGUACUACCUUUUAAUAAACAUAAAUCACAACAUGCAACAAAUCACAACAGAGCUUUACUUGUCCUUGAGGGGAAAUUCAGUAUGGAAUAUGGUAAUGGAAGAGUUUCCUGCAAAAAUUCACCUUUUGAUUUUAAUUUAAUAUUUUGAAUGUGGCGUCAGCACUCUUGGGGACACAGUAAUGGUUUUAGCCAGUUUCAGGUACAAAAACCCAGUAAAAAUGACAACAUACUAGUAUGCCUUGUUUGUAUAAUGCUAGUAACAAACCAGCAUUGGGGGUAUAUGUCACUCUGCAGGUGGAUCCAAGCAAGUUUUCACAUUUUUCAAACUUUGAAGAGGUUAUCUUUUUAAGGCAAAGAUGAUUUUUUAAGAAAAUGUUGAGUAAAAUAUAUAUGCUUCCUAAUUCUUAUCCUUUGGGCCUGUUAAACAGGAAUGCAUUACAUGUGAUAUUGAAUACAAAGAGGAGCUGCUCAUAUAGUAGGACUGGGAUAUUUAUGUACCACCUUCCCUCUCGUGUCACUUAAGUGCCGUGUAAUUAAAGUGAAUUUUUUAAGAGUAAAGAUCAAACACAUGCAAAGAGUGCAAAGGUCACCAGGUCAGGCACUACUUUAUAUAAUGAUAUAAUGAGGAAGGAAAUAAGUGAAAUAAUUCAGCCACUUAACAUUUGUCCUGUGUCACCACAUCAGGAGCUCUCAGAGUUCAGGUUUCACUGCAAGGGUUUUUAUGUUAAAAGAGCGGUAAGUGUGCUGCAGAGUCUCAAACAACUGUGGUUAAAGAGAGAAAUACUUUCUGUAUUUUUAUGACUGUGAAUCUGCAUCUAACAAACAAACCUCAAACAGGUGUAUGAAAGAUGUAGUUUCUCCCUGCCGUUUGAUUCAGUCAAAGUGAUCGCAAUAAAUAGGAGAAAACUCACCAAAGAACCAUGAAUCAUCUGUGAUUUUCAGAUUGUGUUAAUCCAUAGGUCAGUCCUUAAAAAAAAAAAAAAAAAAAAAAAAAAAAAGAUUUUCAACAAGAAAAUAGGAUUAUCAAAAAUAACUAUAAAUCAAAGCUUAUAACAGCUCUAUACUCAAGACAGAUAAAAACAAUUUUUUUAUGUGUAACCAUAUAUAAAUAUAUACAUAUAUAUAAAUAGGCCUAUAUAAAUAGAAACACAAUCAAAGUUUAAAAAAGACGACUAUUCCCAAUAUUUACAUAUAUUGGUCCACAUUUUAAAAAGACAGCUUGUCAUGGCAUUUUCUCAAAAAACAUAAGGGAGAAAAAAAACAGAGCUUCAAAAAUUAACUUCAGGCUGACAGGGCUCUACUGAACUUUAUAAAAGAUGAAGGAGCAGAUUUCUGCUCAAAAUCAACCCAGAGGACCAUACUGAAGCAUCUCUGACCAACUCAUCUCAUUGUCAUAAAAAAGGAAGGACAGCGUGUGUGUGUGUGUGUGUGUGUGUGUGUAUGUAGGUGUGUGUGUAUGUAGGUGGUGUCACUGCAGUUCCCUAAGUGUCCACUAGAAGCUGUCUGUAGAAGCACCAGAAACCACAAACACACUUACUCAAAAGAGCUGUUUUCAGAUCAGAAAUAAACGUGUUUACAGCCUGGUUCAAAAACAGCUGAAUAGUGAAUUUUAUUAGGGUUACUACAAUUUUUAAUUUUCUUGAGGGAACCUUCCCCAAACUGUAAAUAAAGUUGUAUCGAACCUAAUCUAAGAUCGGUGAAUCAGAGGCACAGCUGACUUGACUAACAUCAGUCUGACCUUAUACGGGUGUGACUGCUUGUGUCCUCCUGCUGCUGCCCCUUUUCUGUUCCCAAGGAGAAACCAAUCACUAUAGCAACCUUGUCCAUGCACAUGUGCAUGUCUUUUAGGCACUUUCAAACUUUAAUCUAGGAAUUAAACACAUUUGAACUCCCACAGCUACUGCAGUUUGGACAAUAAGCUUCAUUUCCAGCCAGUGUGACAUGUGGAGCCAAAGACCUGCUUCUGUGAUCAUGACAUCCUGCUGCUGAAGCCCUCCUUCCUCUAAAACCUCAACUUCACUCUUUCAGUAACACACUGUGUGCUCUUAAUGCAUCUAUCAUAAUGGCUCAGCUCGUCCCUCUGCUUAUCCAUUCAUUGAUUGUCGUGUCAUUAUUCUUGCAUUUCAUUGUCAUGUUCGCUGCACUACAUCCUGUUUUAAUCUGUGCUUCUCUAUUUAUUUCUUUGUCCCGCAAUUCCAUGAGCCAAGCCCUGCAGCCGGUCCCCACACGUUUGGAAACCAAACCAAACAGUUACAAAAUAAACACCAUGCUUCAAUAAAACAGUGUUCAACAUUUAGGUACACUGGAACUUGGAUUACAUGUAGACAGGUGUGCCAUGGUUGCACUGUAUGUUUGUCUGGCCAUGUUUAAUCUAAAUAAAUCCAGAGCUGAAGGCAGAUGAUUGACUCGCUCAGUUAACCUGCUGCUGUUUGAGUGACGGUCUGGAUCUGAUCACUCCUCACUGUUCAGAUGGAAUAGAUGGACACAGGACCCUCGGAGACAAGGCCGGUCUGGCUGGAAAGAGGGACAUGGGUCAGGAUGAGGACUUCAGAUCAGGUCUGUCCGCCUCACACUGAGAUAAUAGAUGUGCAGUUUCAAAGAAUACUGUGUUGAACAGGUCGUACUCUGGUGCUCUUCCUCCACAGGGUCCCUGAGAAUAGCAGAUGGAGACACCAUCCACACUGUCAUUGACUUCCUGUCGUACCUCAAACUCAAAGGUCAGUUUGUCGUGUCUGUUAUUACUGUAUUGACGGAAAUAUGAGACGCCCCUUCUGUUUCGGACUAGAUUUUAGGAGAGGGUAUUUAAAAGACCAAAUGUUGAUUUUAUACAGAAAGAAAUAAAAGUAAUGAAUAGACAAAAUAGAUGAAACAUGCUGAGCUGAUGUUUUCUUAAUCUGUCGGAUAAAACAUCUUAAAGUGUCAAUGAAAUGAAAUGAUCACCAGUGUAAAUGAAGCACCAUAUAUAGUGUUAGCAGACAGUGACAGUGUAUUAAAGCUCAUUUUUAUAUAGUAUUAUUAUUGUUAUUGUGUGAAUAUUUCAUGUGGAGAUUGUAAAAUAGGGGCAGCCUGUCAGCUCUCACAACAACUCUUUUGCACCAGUGUGAAGAAAACUUGAGUUUAAACACACAGCUGGCAACUUCUUUGAGCUUUAAUGUAGAGAUGGAAACUUCUUUGGGUUUUAAUGUAGAGCCUUUUUCUUUUGGUUCUUAAAGCUUCUGAUAGGAGUUUUGUAAAAUGGCCUUUUUUAUUUAGAAAUUUAGAGUCUUUGCCCUUUAUUGGUUUGAUAUAUUUUCUGAACACAAACCCUCAUUUCACACUGAUGCUGCAGGAUGUUGAAACCCACUUAAAAAUAAGUAGAAAUUACUGUCAGUAAUUAGAAGUUUGUCAGUUUGUCAAAUCUGGCUGUGAUUUAUUGAGUAAUACUAAUAACAUAGCCUUUUCAAAGACCAAAGCAUGGGCAGUUUUUAAGUCUUUUAAUCUAGCAGGAAAAUAACGCCUUCCUUUGUCAGGGUUUGGUGCCUGGGAAUUCUUGGUUUCUCAAUACGUUUGAGGAAAUUAAAUUUGACCUGCUAAAACUUGUUUUUUAUUUUUAUUUUUUGUUAGUGAGAGCUGUUUUUGUUCAAGUGUUCUGUGUCUCUGUGUUUGUAGAGAUGGGAGCGUUGGACACCCUGCCGUCCUCCGUGACUUCAGAAGAACUGGCCAACCCCUAAUUGUCCUGCUUUUAACCUUCUCUGUUCCUGCUGUGGACUCCAUCCGCCCCUGAUGUCACCUUACUGUAGCUCCUUUCACUCUCUGAAGCUGAAUUAGUCCUGCUGCCAAAGACCUGGUUCUUUAACAGAGAUUGAUUGUUCCCCAAAAUGUAAUAAAACUUGAAAUCAGAUCUUUCUGCUCCUGUGAAUAAAUCUUUAAAUCCAUUGAAUGUCAGAGAGCGUCUGCUGACUGAGGAAAACCCCAAACUGUGUAAGCAUCUUCAGAUUGUUAUCAUCUAAUUUAAAGGAAUGGAGUAAAUAAAACUAUGGCACUGGA